CAGAGCUUCCUUCCAAUGGCGUGCCCCUGCCCGCGCCCCCUCUUCCUCUCCUUCCCCAAAUCCCCGGCGCCGCCGCUCGCCGUCCCAGCCAAGCACCAUCCCGCCUCCACCGCCUCCGCCUCCCUCUCCUCCCGCGCACGCGCCGUCUCCGCCUCCUCCAACGCCCCCUCACCAGCACCAUCGCCGUCACCGCCUCCAACAGACGGCGUAGGUCCCGCGGCGCCAACACGGGGCGAACUGCACCUGGGCCGUCAGCUGGCCGCCGCGGCCGCCGCCGGCGCGCGGGUGCGCGCUCCCGAGGAGGACGCCGAGAAGCGCCGCCGCCGCAAGGAGAAGCGGAAGGCCCUGGCCAAGAAGUCGCCCUCCGGCGUCUCCUGCUGCUACGGCUGCGGCGCGCCGCUCCACACCGGGGAGGAAGGGUCCCCCGGCUACGUCGAGCCCGCCACCUACGACCUGAAGAAGAGGCACAAUCAGCUGAGAACCGUGCUCUGCGGGCGGUGCAAGCUGCUGUCGCACGGGCACAUGGUGACCGCGGUCGGCGGCCACGGCGGCUACCCUGGGGGCAAGCAGUUCGUCACGGCCGAAGAACUCCGGGAGAAGCUGUCGCACCUCCGCCACGAGAAGACGUUGAUAGUGAAACUGGUUGACAUAGUUGACUUCAAUGGAAGUUUCCUGGCGCGCAUACGUGAUUUUGCCGGUGCUAAUCCCAUUGUGCUUGUGAUAACAAAGGUUGAUCUUCUUCCAAGAGACACGGAUUUGAAUUGCAUCGGUGACUGGGUGGUGGAGUCUGUUGUCAGGAAGAAACUCAAUGUCCUUAGUGUCCAUUUGACAAGUUCAAAGUCAUUGGUUGGCAUCACUGGGGUUAUAUCAGAGAUUCAGCAGGAAAAGAAGGCCCGAGAUGUGUACAUAUUGGGUUCAGCAAAUGUUGGGAAAUCUGCAUUUAUAAGCGCUAUGCUAAAAACAAUGGCAUAUAAAGAUCCAGUGGCAGCUGCAGCUCAAAAAUACAAGCCCAUACAAUCUGCUGUUCCUGGAACAACCCUAGGUCCCAUUCAGAUUGAAGCAUUUUUAGGAGGAGGGAAAUUAUACGACACACCUGGAGUCCAUCUUCACCAUAGGCAAGCAGCAGUGAUCCAUGCUGAUGAUCUUCCUUCUCUUGCACCACAAAGUCGCCUAAAGGGGCGAUGUUUUCCUGCUAAUGAUACAGAUGUUGAAUUGAGCGGGAAUACAUUAUUCUGGGGUGGACUUGUCCGUAUUGAUGUUGUUAAGGCUCUUCCACGCACACGGCUGACAUUCUAUGGACCAAAGAAGCUAAAUAUUAAUAUGGUCCCCACGACAGGAGCAGAUGAAUUUUACAAGAGAGAAGUCGGAGUUACAUUGACUCCUCCAACCGGCCAGGAGAGAGCUGAAGGAUGGUGUGGGCUUGAGGGUGUUCGUGAGUUAAAGAUAAAAUAUGAAGAGCUUGAUAGGCCUGCCAGUGACAUUGCAAUAUCCGGGCUCGGGUGGAUCACGGUAGAACCGCUUGGCGUGCCAUCUAGCGACCCCGAUGGCAGCAUCGAGGAAGAAAACAGUGGCAUUGGCGAGCUGCAUUUGAUUGUACACGUACCCAAACCAGUCGAGGUGUUUGUCCGCUCCCCGCUGCCUGUUGGUAAAGCGGCGUCGCAGUGGUACCGGUACCAGGAGCUGACGGAGUCAGAAGAGGAGCUGAGACCUAAAUGGCAUUACUGAUGCUGCUGGCAAUUACCUAUUUUUUUGCUACUCCCUGCGAUCCAUCGGAGGGAGUAGUCUUUUCUGUGUUGCCUUUUGUGAUUUUAAUACGGACCGGAAUUAUGUUGGGCGGAUGAUCUGAUAGGGAUUGGUAGUUCUAGUUAGGAUCAGCAGCUGAAAAUGGUACAGGAAACCUAGGGCUAAAUGUAGCCGCCGAAAGGUAACUCUUGUUGUAAUAAAUCUUCUGUAUAUGCACUGUCAUAAUCACAAGUACAAAGGCAUGUAUGAGAUCGAGUGGAUGAAAUCAAA